AGAGCUACUCGGCUUUAUUAGAUAAUCGAGAGGGAUUAUUACCGCCCGCCAGUAGUAAUGAGCACCAAUUAAGAGGCCGUUUCCCUGAGGAAUAAAAGCUAGAGAGAACAGACGCGUAGGGUAAAAUCAGGCUCCCCUGCUGGCUAUGGAGCGCUUUGUCUACCCACCCUACAGCGUUUACCAGGGUUAUGGGAACAACUUCAGCCCCAGCCAUAACGUGGCCCCCAGGCCACCCUCUAAGCAGAAGCAGCCUAGCUGGAAGCAAAGCAAGAGCAGCAGCACCCUCAAUCCCUACCGAGGGGUCCUGUCUGCCCCUUCUUCAGUCCCGCCAGCCUCCUCGCCGGACUAUUUAGACAGCUACAAGCGGGCCCAGCUGAAGGCUUUGCUGUCUCAAGUCAGUCCAGGCCUCACCCCGAGGCUCCGCAAAGCCAACACCAAGGAAGUGGGCAUCCAAGUGAACCCGCGGGUGGAUGCCGCCGUGCAAUGCUCGCUUGGAUCCCGCCCGCUCCAGGCUGUGCGACCCCAGAGCCCCUCCAGCCGUCUCAAUCGGGAGCCGCCGCUGCCGGGUGUAUAUUCGCCCGUCCUAGGCCGCCGCCUUUUCACUUUGCCCGAAGCAGUGGUGGAACCGAAGGAACAAGAGGAAACGCCGGCUUCGCGGGAGCUCGCUGAAGAGCCCGAGGUGAAGGGAGCGUUGCUGGAGUCGGGGAAGGACGCUCAGGAGCGAGCGGUGGCUAAGGGCAAGUUGCCCGACAACGGAGAGGAAGAAUUCGCCCAACUGCGGGACGCGGAGGGCGAAGUAGCCAAGGAAAGUGACGCCGCCGAGGAGGGCAAAAGAACUACCUUCCAGUUCCUAGAACAAAAAUAUGGCUAUUUCCAUUGCAAUGACUGCAAGACCAGAUGGGAAAGUGCUUAUGUAUGGUGUAUUUCAGGAACCAAUAAGGUUUACUUUAAGCAGCUUUGUCGCAAAUGCCAGAAGAGCUUUAAUCCUUAUAAAGUGGAAGCAAUUCAAUGCCAUAUCUGUUCAAAGACUCGUUGCUCCUGCCCCCAGAAGAAAAGGCACAUUGACCUCAAGAGGCCCCAUCGUCAAGAGCUAUGUGGCCGCUGCAAAGGCAAAAGACUAUCUUGUGACAACACUUACAGCUUUAAAUACAUUAUCUAAUUUGUUCUGACAUUUCUAAUUUGUGCUGUUCUUGCACUUGGCACUAUGCACUUUGAUAGUUGUUUCAUAACAUGGCUUUGACUUUAGGCUUCUGACCUGGCAUUGGAUGAUGGACUAAAGAUUUUUGUAAGGCUAGAACAUGUUUGUUAUGUAUGUGCGUAACUUGUAAUAAAGUUGAAUUCUCUUUAA